AUGCCCGAAGUGGACAUGCACGACUCGACGGAGAUCGAGCUGGACGGACAUUCAUCAUCCUCUCGACGGAAAGCAAGCAGGCGGCCGCGACGCAGUGGAUUACACAUUUUGCAAGGUCGGCCGUGGCCCGACACUUCGAAACGCCGAGCACAACCAUGGAGUUCGGUGUGGUGGAUUGCACUGCUGUACUUAGUGAGCUUUGCAUCGCCAGGGGCUGCUGUUCUUUUGGACUUUGAAAAUUGUCUAUCAAAAUCCAUCCUCGAGUCCGACCCUCUACAACUUCAAUUCGUUCCUACCAACGUGUCCGUCAAAUUCAACCUUACCAACCCUCUACACCCGCUCGCCAUCACGGUCUAUGGCAAUGUGUCGGGAACCACGUCUCAAACCGCAGACUAUCCCGCACCCGAUUCCUCUGUAUGGACAAAUCCCAAUUGGACCGAUGGGAAGAUUGAGGAUGUGAGCACUACCAACAACAAGUACAGCACGCUGAUGACGGAUCUCAAUGUGCUUAGCUUCACGCCCUUUAGCAAUGCCUCUCGUUUCCGUGACGCGGUCACUCAGGGCACCCUCCCGCUGGGUCCGGUCUUUAAUUACAAUAUGAGUGAUUUGACCACAUUACGAGCGUUCUCGGUUCAACAUGAUAUGCUUUCAACUUACCGUUUCGGAACUAUCACACCCUUAUUGAUAGUUCGCUCUGGAGAUGCAUCCGCCGUUCAGCUCGCCUGCGUUUUGGUGAACGCGACGCCGGACUUGGGAACAUCUCUCAAAAGUGCCAUUGCCUAUGUGCCUCUCAUCAUUUUGAUACUGGUGGGAAUUGCGACCAUCACGGCCGCCAUGUUUAGCCCUUGGGGCACAACCGAUCUAUUUCGGUGGACAAGCAACUACGGCCGCGAUGAAGAUGUUCUCCGACUUGUCACUCCUGGAUUUGCAGAUUGCCUGCAAUACCUUCAAUUCAUAGUAUUAACGGGCUCGCUUUCUUUGAAUUACCCAGGUUUCUUCCAGCCUAUAGUGAGUCAGGGAGCAUGGUCGACUCUCAUGUUCAACCAGAGUUUCGUCAGCACUGAAAUCGGCCGCGAUCCCGUUGUGGAUGGUCUAUAUGCCAUCAAUGGAACGUAUGGCCUCGACCGAAUGAACCACCUGGUUGGCAUGGCCUCAUCUCAGGAUAUCUGGCCUGGUAUGAUCAUAUGGGUGCUGGUAAUCAUGGCUUGUGUGACGGUGGUCUUCCAGAUCGCAUUCGCGCUCCGAUGGCUGUAUCGUGAGUUGGCAAACAACACCGAUCAGGAUCUGCGUGCCAGAAACAUGCCGUUCACCAUGGGGAAUCUCAUUCGCAUUGUCUUCAAUUUUCUUCUCUUGCCAAUCGUUUCCCUUUCCUUCUUCCAAUUGGUUAUUGCUCGUCAAUCAACCGCUUACUGUGUUGCUUUGGCGGCCGUGGUGAUCGUUAUUAUUGCUUGCUUCGCGAUUUGGGCUAUCCGUGUGGUCCUUAACACUCGACCCAAAGCUCACCUUUUCGAUGAUCUUCCUACAGUGCUAUUGUAUGGGCCGCUCUAUAAUACAUACUGUGACGAUGCAGCAGCCUUUGGUAUCGUCCCAAUUGUAUUGAACAUCGCUCGCGGAAUAGCCAUUGGUGCUUUGCAGCCGUCUGGUAUCGCCCAAGUGGUAAUGCUGGCCAUUUGCGAAGUUGUGUCUGUACUAACCCUGCUGGCCUUCCGACCUUUCUCAAGACCAACCCACAUGAACCUGUAUCACUGCCUCUUCUCUAUUGUGCGUUUCUUGACAGUUAUUUUGAGCGUUGUCUUUGUGCCGUCAUUGACACUUUCGGAUGCGGCCAGAGGCUGGAUCGGAUAUCUGAUCCUUGUGCUGCACGCCGUGGUUCUCAUUUUCGGGUUCUUCCUCAACGCAAUGCAAACCUUGAUCGAAGUACUGGCAAGACUGGCUGGUGCGGGCGGUGCCACUCGUGGUGGCUUGACGAAGGUGCUUGGCAUGCGCCAGCUCUCGAGGCGCACUCCGCGACGUGAUCUUACUCGCCAGAGUAUGGGUUCGGAGGCUGCUAUGCUUGGUCACGGUGACGAUCGUAUGUCAUCUCAGUUUGAUGGAUCGCGUCCUCGCAGUCUCUCUGGGAGCUCUGGUCUGCUUUUGAACCGUGCUAGUGAUGGCAGAGUCAGCACCAUCUAUGAUUAUCCCAGUUCGCAAGGAGGCACACACAGCCGUGCUGCUAGCGGGGGAUUCCCCACACCUACCUCAACCACCUAUCAAGGAGCUGGCUUCCCUAGCUCGCCCAGUAGUGGUAAGAUGAUGGGAACAAACCCUCGUGAUCCCUAUUACCGGCCACCUCGCCCCGGGCGAAGAACGCCCCCAGCAAGUGGUGCUCUCGCGAAGGGGAAGAGCCCGUCAAGAGGCUUCUUGAAAUCAAAAUCAAGCCGCCGAGCAGUCAGCAUCGAUGACGACCUGGGAGAUGGCAUGUCUGGCCGUGCUACACCAGUUCCAGCAUAUCUAGCAACGCCGAAGGAUGAUAUGGAGCUCGAUACCCCUCGCAAGCCGAAGGAUUAUGCUGUUCGCGAGGUUGAUUUCUACUAUGGUGUCCGAGGCCCACCGCUCUCCCACAGCGGUACGCGAAAGUUGAAAACUGGCCCAGCCGACCCCACAGGUCCAGUCUCGUCUGCGACGGGCUGGUUCCGAAGCUUGCUCCAAGGGAAGACGAAGGACAACGCCAAAGGAUUUGAGGUGGUCCGAAGUGCUCGUGCGCCUCCUCCAGGUCUAUUCCCGAGAAGAGACGACUUUAAUGAUCCUUAUCAGGAUGAUAUAGGCAUGCCAUCAGCCAGUCAUUCUCGGGAAGUGUCUACCGGCAAUGUUCCCUAUCAGGAUUCGGACAAUGACCACGACCCCGAACCGUCAUGCCCGCCAGUACUGCCACAAAUUAAUACCUCAGGUGGCGGUGGUAUCGAAUUGCCCAGUCGGACGGCCUCUUGCCACACACAGGCGCCUGGUGACCAAGACGCAGGAACUGCGGCUGGCCUUCCAGUUGUGACCGAGACCCUGUCUCACAACUCUGAUAUAAGCCAGCACUACGAGCACUCCGAGCACCAUCUCCAGCCAGAAGGCUCCACCACCGCGCGCCUGCCUUUCAGCGGAAGUAGCUCGCCAUCUCGUGAACGAGGUCUGUCUAUGACCUCUACUUCAAGGUCAAGAUCAAACGCCUCGAGCCAGCAGACGGGUGCUCGACCCUCGAGUCUGGGCUAUGUACCUCAACAUCGCGCGCACGACCACAUCCACGAGGGGAGCCCCGACGAGCCAUCCUUUAAGGGGAGCGCAGCAGAACUUGUCGAUGAAGCUUCGCUGGGCGGGCACGAGCGUUAA